AAGCAAUAUAAAAGCGCUCGCAUGAAUUGAAUUGACGCUCGCCACAAAUACGAGCGAAAAUCGCAUCUCUCGUUGCAGUCGCUUUGGGACAAGCACUAGACUCACUCUAUCUCUUGCUUCGUCCCGAAAACACAGAUUCCCAUUCUUCGGAUUAUGAUUUCUGGGGGCAGAAAAAGGUGGAAGCUUUCGUAGCUUGAGGAUAUUGGAUUCCAUUCUUGAUUUCUGAAGGAGACGAGUUUAUUCGAGAGAUUAAUCAGACCACCCACAAAAUACAGAUAUAUCUUUCAGAAUGGGGGAUCACUUUGUAUUGCUGGUUGAUCGUUUGCUCACUGAAUCUACAUUAGAAGCUGCACUUGAAAGCCGAAAUCGUGCAAUGCAGGAGGCUGCAUCCUCAGCUGUGAAUGAAGCACCGGAAGUUGAUGUCUCUUUGAUAAAGAUGGGGAUGGAAGAUGUGAAAUCUCCGAGGAAAAUUGUUGAAUGUCGGAUAUGUCAUGAUGAGGAUGAAAAUUCCAAUAUGGAGACACCGUGCUCCUGUUGUGGUAGUUUGAAGUACGCACACCGCAGAUGUAUACAAAGGUGGUGUAAUGAGAAGGGUGACACCAUCUGUGAGAUAUGCCACCAGCAAUAUAAACCUGGUUAUACGGCUCCACCUCCAUUGUUUCGGUUUGGACGAAUUCCAAUGAGUUUCAGGGGAAAUUGGGAGAUUUCUAGAAGAGAUUUGAACAAUGGUCAUCUGGUUCGCAUGGUUUCCACUGACCAGAAUCUUAACAAUUCUAACUACGACCAGUAUUCAGCUUCUACUACAGGAAGUUUACCAUGCUGUCGUUCAGUUGCUCUCAUUUUCAUGGUUUUUCUUAUCUUAAGACAUACUCUUCCUCUCAUAAUCAGUGGGAACAAGGACUAUUCCUUUUCGCUGUUUUUGUUGUUACUAAUUCGAGCUGCGGGAAUUGUUAUUCCCAUAUAUUUCAUGGUGAAAGCGGUGACAUCCAUACAACGCCAUAGGCGACAACAACGGGAGCCUUCUAAUGCCUUGGUCAACCUAUCGGAUGAUGAAAGGGAGCAAGUAACUCUGCCCUCUCAGCUUCAUGUUAUUCGUGUUCAGUGAAAAUGCUGUACAUAAAACAACUUGAAGUAAUACGAGUAUCAAGCAAUCUUUCUUCUGCUUUGUGAUGAAAACUAGAUGAAGACAGCUUCCUCUAGAACUUUGAACGGUUGAGGAGUUAGCAGUUUAUUUAUUGGAAAACACAGAAACUGUGGUAUUGCUGGCCACUGCUGUUACCUGGAAACAACUCCUUGGCAAGUCUGGUGUGGCGGCAAGAAUUCCCAUUGCUGCUUAUAAUUUGGAGUUCUCAAGUGUAUAGAGAAUUUUAUAUAGAGGGGAAAAAUAUACUGGGAGUAGAUGUCAAAUAUGGAUUUAUAUUCCUGUAUAUAUUAUAAUGCAAGGCAUGCGUCUUUCAGACUUUAA